AUGGACGGACAGGCAAACCAGAGUUGGCAGGGAGAUAGGACGUCCCCUAAUCCUGCAAGAUCGAGUCCUGGGCUUCCUCAACAAAGACGUUAUGACGAAUCAUGGGUAGAAGUCGCAUCUCAACCUUCGUCUUCGUCUCUAUCAAGCAUCGGCGAUGAGAUAGUUACAACUGGAUUACGCGUUGGGAACCCCUAUGUACGCCGACGCCGCUUACAACCUGCGAGAUCGCUUCCCCAACAAAAUACGGCCAUCCACAACGUGUCUGCCGCCGAUAUGAGUAGCCAGGAAGAGUACGACGAGAGCGACAGUGAGGAUGACCGUCUACUUACAAGCUCAACCGAGAACACCCAUCGGUCGGAAGAGGAGAUGGACAUUGAUUCUGAGGCCGAAUCAGAUGGUGAUAACGUCACCGCGCUUGGGGGAGUGUCUGACCGACCUACAGACCAACCCGUCUUUCGACCUCAGCCCAACGCCUUCACUCAUCCGUCAACACAAAGACGAGAUUCUGCUCCAGCUAUCCCAACUGCGCCUCCUCCUCACCCUCAUAAUGGUCUUACACGACCGUCUUUUACUCAAAGAUCACAAACACGGCCCCACCGUGCGGGUCCAAGCUUUAUGUCUCCAGCGGUCCGCGAAGAGAAUGAUGCAGCUCUGCGCGCAUCUCUAACCACUCUUCUUUCUUGUGCGCAUGCAGCUAGAGGCUUACCGAAAUCAAAGGAGGAAGCUGAAGCUCAGCGAGCGGCCAGCGCAGGCGUGGGACCCAGCAAUCAGCCGAUGGAGCUGCGACUUGUGCCGGAGUCGGAGCUGUCACAGGAACAACCAAGACCAAGAAGGGUCCAACGCCCCGCCGCGCCAUCUCCACCCCGCAAACGGGCCGGGGGAUCAGGAUCUCCUUCAAGAACCUCCAAGAACAGCUCUGGGUUGCCAACGACCCCACGGGCUACCAAGAAGAAGAAGGUGACGGAAGAGCCUACCACUAUCUCACCAACUCUCCUCACAUGGGUUGUCAGCGCCGGCGUUGUCAUUGUUGUGUCUGUGGUGGGGUUUGGUGCAGGGUAUGUUAUCGGCCGUGAAGCUGGUAGACAAGAGGCGCUGGCGGCCAGUGUUGGCAGUGUCAACGAUACCACAUCUUGCGGUCAGGAAGUCAUCCGAUCCUCAGGCAGUGGACUACGAAAACUUCGAUGGGGUGCUGUCGGCAAGAGCAUCGUUGCUUAG